AUGCUGAUUAUAUUCUGUCUGGCGUUGAUAGCUUCCGCCUCGUGCUUCGAGUUUACAAUAAUCGAUGGUACACCUACAACCAUCACUAAGCAUCCAUAUCAGGUCUCCAUUCAUUAUAAGGAUGAACUUACAUGCGCAGGUUCCAUAAUUAGCGAGCGAUGGAUUUUAACAGCGGCACAUUGCGUUUAUGGCGAGAAAACGCUGUCGGUCUUCAAAGUGCGCGUUGGAAGUACUUAUCAUGACAAAGGAGGUAUUCUAAUCAAAGAUAUUGCGUCGAUCAUUUGUCAUAAAAAGUAUCAUCCGCUAACUUACGAUUACGACGUGGCUUUAAUUAAAUUGUCUACACCUUUAACAUUUGGAGAAAAUAUAAAACCUAUUCUUCUUGCGCUUCCAUCGAUGAACAUUAAAACUGGUACCCAGACAGUCGUUACAGGCUGGGGAAAAACAUCGGCAAAUGGUGCUAGUUCAGAAGUACUACGAACUACCACAAUAUCGAUCACUGAUCAAGAGACGUGUCGGAAGGUCUAUGAUAGAUAUCAUCGGCUAGUGACUUCCAACAUGAUCUGCGCUGGCGAUGUCAAUGGUGAAAAAGUCACCUGUCAGGGAGAUUCCGGAGGUGCGCUCGUUGGCUACAACGGGCUCCAAAUUGGGAUCGUGUCCUGGGGCGGUCAGAAGUGUGCGAGUGUUGGAUUUCCAGGAGUGUAUACGCGAGUACCCGCCAUACGGCAGUGGGUAACCGAGCAGGCGAACGUGUAG